CCUGUCAAUGUGAGUGUUUGUGCGCAUGACAACGUGAAGAGACUCUCAGGUGUUUCACAGCCUCAAGUGUUGUUUUGACUCGAUACACAUUUUUAUUUUCCGUGUUUUUUUGGAUACAUUUGAUGAAGCGGUGACGAUGAAGCUUCGCCACUACCACCACCACCUCCUGCUGCUGCUCCUCUGCUGCAGCUUCACGGAAACCAUUGAACCCAUCAGCACCAGCAUAGCGGUCGGUGUGGCCGCGGCUCUCACCGGCUUUCUAGCACGGUACCAGAACAUUUUCCACUAUUUCCAAGAGUGCUGUCGACCCGAGUGGAUCUCCUUCAACAAAACAGCACUCCAGGCUGACCUGGAAAGCAAACUGUUCGGACAGCACGUUGCGUCACGCAUCAUCCUGAAAGCUGUGAAUGGGUUCAUGACCAACGACAACCCGAAGAAGCCCCUGGUGCUCUCUCUGCACGGAUGGACCGGUACAGGGAAGAACUUUGUCAGUGGUCUGAUAGCUGACAGCGUUUACAAGGAGGGAAUGGACAGCAGAUUUGUCCAUGUUUUCACGUCCGAGCUUCACUUUCCGCAUGCGAGUCAAAUCGACAAUUACAAGUCUCAGUUACAGCAGUGGAUCAAAGGCAAUGUCACCAACUGUGAGCGCUCCAUGUUCAUCUUUGAUGAGAUGGACAAGAUGCAUCCAGGCUUGAUUGACUGCAUUAAGCCGUACCUCGACUACUACGACAAGCUGGAUGGAGUUUCUUAUCGGAAAGCCAUCUUCAUCUUCCUCAGCAACGCUGGAGGGGAUAGCAUCAUACAGACAGCUUUAGAUUUCUGGAAAGAAGGACGAAAUCGAGAAGAGAUGGAGCUCAAAGACCUGGAAACAUCGCUCUCUCUGUCGGUGUUCAACAACAAGAAAAGUGGCUUGUGGCAUACAAGCUUGAUUGACAAGAACCUGGUGGACUUCUUCGUCCCGUUUCUGCCUCUGGAGUACUGUCACGUCGUGCAGUGCGCCCUGUCCGCGAUGGCAGACAGAGAACUUGAGCCAGACCUGAAGGUGGCAGACCAGGUGGCGAGAGAUUUGGUCUAUUUCCCCAAAUCUGAGAGAAUCUUCUCUGUCAAAGGCUGCAAGACGAUAGACAGCAAGUUGGACUACUACACAUAAAAUGAGCAUCCGAAGGACGCUUUGUUCGAUCACUAUGUGCACUUUUUUUUAAGGAAAAAAAAAACUCUCAGCCAAAUGACUAAAGAGAGGAAGUCGAGGUGACUGAACUCUGUAGAAUCUCUGUGGAGGUUUUCUCUGACUGAGCUUGUGAAGGAUAUCAGCAGAUCUUCUCAAUUGUUGCAUCUUGCUUACAACGAGAGAGAGCGAAAAAGAGAGAGAGAUCACAGUGCUGGGUGAAUGAAAAAAAUAAUAUGAUUGUAACUGAUUAACGGGCCUGAUCUCUGCUUUUAUAUCACAAUGCAACGAGAGUCCCCAAGCCGGGGGUUUUGUUUUCCCAAGAGCCUUUGCACCACAUGACUAGAAGAACAAACAGGAUGUUCCUUCUGCCAGUGAAACUGCGGCAUAUCACUGUCGUGCAUUUAUUUUUGUCCGUUUUUUAAAUUUAUUGAUGGAUUACUUGAGUCACCAGCCUUAAUUCUUUGUAAUCUCACUUUUUUUUAAAGAUCUGCUGUUAUUUCAUAUGUAUGUAGAACUUCAAUGAUUAAUCAAUUAGUUGUUCAACGGAAAAUUAAUCGACAACUGUUUUGAUAAUCGUUCUACUGAUUCUUUUUUUUUUUUUUUUUUUAAAGAAAAAAUGCCUAAAAAUGGCUGGUUGUAGUUUCUCACAUACAUGAAUAUCUUUGGAUUUCAGACUGUUGAUCGGGUAUAACAUGACAUUUGAAGAAGUAUCAUUUAAAUUCCUCUUUUACCAUCUGAUGCUUUGGAGACACAAGGAUUAUUUUAUUAAUCAAGUAAAUAAUUAUCAGAUUAAUCGAUACAUAAGUCCACUCGUGUAUUAGUUAUAUAAGAUUGGCCAUGGUGGGUGAAAGCUAUGUGUAGAAAAUUCACACUGUUCAAAUGCAGAAAAUGAAAUGUUUUCUAUACUGUGCAGCCACAUACUUAAAUACCUGGACAAUAUGAUACAGUACAGAUUGAUUCUGUCAUGUAAGUUUUUGUCCAUUGUGGUGUCAUUUUUUCAACACAGGAUAUUGUUGUGUUUUUUUUACACCAUGACUGGACUCUAUAGCUGCAUUUGGACACUGUGCAUGAACUCCAAGAUGGCAUACUGGAAACAAAACAUUUUAAAAGUUUUAAAUUCUUAAAAUUGCACUACAAAGUUUUAAUGAUAUUGUGUACAACAGAGUGGUUGAGUAUUCCUUUCCCUUUUUUGUAUUUUGUCUUUAUGGAAGAAAAAGUGUGGAAGGAAAUGUUCUGUUAUCUCAAAAAAAAAAAUUGGCUGUCAGAUUUUGAAACUAUUUUGAAACUUUUUCUACACAGUUGCUCGCUGUUAUCUGCAGGUGAAGGGCUUUAAGUGGAUUAUUGAAGAGAAUUGUGGUGGGGAUGUAAAGCAAACAUGAGUGAACUUCUUGGCUGUAAACACACCUGCCGGAAAAAGAUAAUCACAAAUAAAACCUGAAAUGUU